UAUUUUUUUAUUUUCUCUCACUGUUAUAUUUUUUGUAUUUUUCUCUAGCAUUCUCUUAUUUUUUAAUAGUAUUUUAUUGUUUCUCUUACCAGCUUCUUAAGAUUAUCCCACUUAACAACACUAAAUUAUCAGCUUUAGUAGUGAUGAGUUUGGAUAUACAUACAGGGUGACCAGAAAGAAAUGGGGCAGCUAAUUUAUUGCAUAACUUUAUCCAAAUUAAAGAUAAUUGGAUCAAAUCAAACUUAAAUGAUAGAGAAUAAAAUAAAAUAAGUAUUUUUGAAGUACCCACUUUUUGCUCGGAUACAGAGUUGAGGGCACGUGGAAAAAUUUUGGAUAAAAGUUUGCACCACCUUUGGUGCGAUUCUCUCCCAUUCCCGAGCGAGUGAUUGCCGAAGCGACUCCACACUUUUGUGUUGGUUAGCGCAGAUAUUUUUGGCAAAUCUUUUUUAAAAUUUCUGCCAGCCAAUCUCUUUUUUAUUCUUAUCUUUCUCGUUCCUUCUUUCUCCCCCUCUCUCUCUCCCCUCCCCUUUUUUAAAUCUUAUUUCCAGCAUUCCCCUUAAGCAUUUAUUUAAUUCCUUCAAUUUUUAACCAAAUAAAAAUUUUUUAAAUUUUAUUUUAAAAUUAAAACUUUUUUUUUUGCGUGGACGGAAUAAACGACCAUAUCUUUGUCGAAACUUGUUAGAUUACGUUGAUUUUGGUGUCAUUCGACUCAGCUCGUCGAACAAAAUGAGUACCUCCCCCCUAUGGUUUUUCAAUUUUCAAUCACGAUAUCUCGGUCCCCUAUGCCGGACCAACUAUGUCCACUCCUAGUUCGACUCAGUUUUCCGAGCUCUUUCGAAUGAUAUAUAAUUUGUCGAAAUCGGUUCAGCCAAAAAAUCCCCUAGAAAUUAUAGCAGAGGUGAAGGAAGAAAACGUCGAAAAUCCCAAUUCCGAUUCACCUCUUUUGUUUAUAGAACCAAAACCUCCACAAAAAAAUGAAAAUAUUUAUUAUUAUUUUAUUAACACUUUUUGGAAUUGUUUUGGCUGGAGAUGCUGAGGACGGCCUUUCGAAAGUUGGAAGGAAAGUUGAUGAAUUUGGACAGGAUGUUAGUGAAACAGUUAAUAAAUUGUCUAAAACUGAGGGAGGUCAGAUUUGGUGUCCCGUGCCGGCUGUGGGCACUCGUUGCCCUGACAGCUCUGUCUUCCAUUACUUCCGUUGCUGUGGGACUUUGAAUAAUGGUAAAUUUAGAGAUUAA